AUGAAUUCUUGUGAAAGCAUCCAGGUGGUUGGGGAUGAUCUCACGGUAACCAACCCUAAGAGGAUUGCCAAGGCUGUGAGUGAGAAGUCCUGCAACUGCCUCCUGCUCAAAGUGAACCAGAUUGGCUCUGUGACCGAGUCUCUGCAGGCGUGUAAGCUGGCCCAGUCCAAUGGUUGGGGUGUCAUGGUGUCCCAUCGCUCUGGGGAGACUGAGGAUACUUUCAUCGCUGACCUGGUUGUGGGACUCUGCACUGGGCAGAUCAAGACUGGUGCCCCAUGCCGAUCUGAGCGCCUGGCCAAGUACAAUCAGAUCCUUAGAAUCGAGGAAGAGCUGGGCGGCAAGGCCAAGUUUGCCGGCAGGUGCUUCAGGAACCCCCUGGCCAAGUAAAGUGUGUGUGGAGAUCCCUGGAGCCACCGGCUGCUUCGACCCUGUCCCUGACGUCAACGAGGCGGCUCAAAGCUGGCCCAGCGCCUGUCCCUCCCAUGCCGCCGCUUCCUUAGACGUCCUUAGACAGCCACACCUGACCACCUGGAGCCUGCUGGAAACCCCAGCCUUGUAAUCAUGUGAUUGGUCUGAAUCAUUGUUUCUGUCACCUCACUUCCAAGCUAAGUGUCUGAAGCCCAUUGUAAUCUUUAGGGUGGCCGCAGGUAAGAUCCCUGCCCCAGCGGUUCUACAUGCAAAAUAAAAGCCUCAGUGACCCAUAAAAAA